UGUAAAGUUCACUAGCUUUGCAACAACCCCCAGUAACGGUUGUAGUGCAAAGACACCAUGAGCAGGCAGAGAGUUUAAAGCUUAGGCCUGAUUGUAUAGCUCUAGCAAAAUCAGUUUAAUGACAGAGGUUCAGUAUUUUGACAGGAGGAGACGAAGGGGUCACUCCAGGCCUCUGUCCUCGAUGCCUCGUAUCCCAGGUUCAUCUCACCCGGAGCAGGACAACUCUAUGGACGAAGGAGGCCUCCCCAUAUUGGCCUCCAUGGCCAGUACCACUGACACUCGUUUCUGGCUGAAGUGGAGGCCCAUUGACGCAGUCAUUGUCUCCCUUGUCUCGAUCUUUCUGCUCUUCAUGCUCUUGAGCUCAGGUUUGCACCAUUGCUCUGGCAGCGCACACUGCUGGAGUGAAAGUCGGAGCAAUACCCAGUCUUAUUCCCGUUACAACACUACCUACCCUCUCAGUCCUCCUGAACACACACCAGAGGGUACUCGCUAUCGCAUUGGGGUCAUCGCAGACCUGGACACAAACUCUCGUAUUGACAAUAAGCUGACAUGGUUCAGCUACAUGCGGCGGGGACACCUACUAUUGUCCAGAAGUGGUGACAAGGUGGCAGUUGAAUGGGAUGCUGACAAAGUAUUGCUAGAAAGCCACCUGUCAGAGAAAGGGAGGGGUAUGGAGUUGUCUGAGCUGGUGGUGUUCAACGGGAAGCUGUACAGUGUCGAUGACAGAACAGGUGUAGUCUACCAUAUAGAUGAGGACAAGGCUGUGCCUUGGGUCAUCUUACCUGAUGGUGACGGCUGUGUUGCCAAAGGGUUUAAAGCUGAGUGGCUGGCAGUGAAGGAUGAACAACUGUAUAUUGGUAGUCUGGGGAAAGAGUGGACCACCACUGAAGGCGAGUUUGUCAAUAACAACCCAGAAUGGGUGAAGGUAGUGGGCUUCAAAGGAGAUGUACAACAUAAGAACUGGAUUUCCAAUUACAAAUCUCUUAAGUCUGCUGCAGGGAUAGAACCACCAGGUUAUUUUAUCCAUGAGUCAGCAGCGUGGAGCAACACUCUGCAGCGCUGGUUUUUCCUCCCUCGCCGUGCAAGCAAGGAGUGCUAUGAGGAAGUAGCAGAUGAGCAUCGUGGUACAAACCUUGUCCUUAGCUGCUCGCCAGAUUUCAAAGACAUUAUAAUAAGUCGAGUGGGUCCACUUAACCCUACUCAUGGUUUUUCCUCCUUCAAGUUUGUCCCCCAGACAAAUGAUCAAAUCAUUCUCGCCCUCAAGUCAGAGGAAGAUGAUGGAAAGAUAGCCACAUACAUCAUGGCAUUUACUUUGGAUGGACAGAUCCUUUUACCUGAAAGCAAGAUUGGGGAUGUGAAAUAUGAAGGCCUGGAGUUCAUAUAGAGGGCUCAGAGAGAGGUAGAGACUCGCUUAAAAUAUUCUUAAUGGUCAAUCUGGAAAAUCUCAAACAUUAAUUUAUUAUAUUAUAUUAUAUUAUAUUAUAUUAUAUUAUAUUAUAUUAUAUUAUAUUAUAUUAUAUAUUUAAAAUAAUGAUAUGUUAUGUCAUUCAUAUAGAUAAUCAAUUAAAACACAAUAUAUACGCCUAAUCUAAUUUAAAGUAUUAAUAUAUACUUAUAUAUACUAUAAUAAUAUAUUGAAAAAGUUAAAUAAAUGAAUGAAUGAAGUAAGCUGCUUUUUUCAGCUUCAUUGUUAGUAUACAGUAAUAGAGUGUUGUCAAGGUCCUUUCUCUGCCUUUUUUUCCCUCUCUCUCACUGUGUCUCAUUGCAAGUUUGUAAUUAAUUACAAGUUAACUGGAGUCAUUGAACUCUAUUCAAAGCCCUUUUUAGAACCAAAUGUUCAUUGAAGAGGGGAAUUAAAAAGGUAUGGGAAAAUGUGUUAAUGAAAUUGGGUUAUUAAGUCUUUGGGUUAGUUGCUGCUGUUUCUGGUGCAUCUGCUUCUCUUGCCACCAAUGGGUAACUAAUUGCCCAUUUUUAUUUGUCCUUUUUUAUUUGUUUUUAUUUGUAAGUUCUUUUUAGAUGUUCAUUGCAAGUGAAUCAACACGUGGUUGGUCUGUACUUGAACUUCCAUCACUACCUGUCAUUCUAAUAAAAGAGAAAUAGUCAGUA